AUGACUACAAUUCAGCCGCGGUUCGCCGAGGGCGCCGACACGAGUGACACGCGCGCAGGGUUGGAUGCAAUCAUCCAGCGCGGAUGGGCGCUCGACGAGGAGGGCAUGGGGAUUAAAAAGACGUUUUACUUCAAGUCCUACUUCAAGGCAGUGAGCUUCGUGAAUGUUAUCGCAUCCCAGAGCACCAGCAAGAAGCACCAUGCUACUAUGACCCUUCGAAUUGGCUCGGUCGACAUCCAUUGGACCACUCACCAGCCCCGGGGUCUCACCGAUAAGGAUCUCACCAUGGCGCAGUUCUGUGAAGAGGCCGCGCAGUUGAUGGGCGCGGUGGAGGAGGGACAGGGCAAGAAGUGCGGGCCGGGGCCUAGUGGCGCGUAG